AAAAUUUAAUGAAAUAUUAUAUUAUCUAAAGUAAAUUAAUUCGUUACAUUCAGGUAGUAAAGGAAGAAGCUAUCGAAUUGAAAUACAGCAUGCAAGAAAAACUCAUGAAACAAGAAAUCGAAAUAGUUAAUAAUAGUAACGAACAAGAGAGUAUCAUUCAAGAUUACAGGAAACGUGUCAAGGAAAGAAAAAGUGAAUUAGAAAGAUUAGAAAGAACGAUCUUUCCUGUUCGUCUACGAGAGGAUUACGAUUCUGUACAAGCAAUGAAUUAUGGACAAGAUGCAAAGAACGAAAUAACAAAGAAAGAAUUGACACGAUUGGAGGAAGCGUUUGCCAAGCUACGCAAUGUUACCGGUGUCUCCAUGUCGGAGGACAUUUUAAACCGGUUUCUAGGACAACGGACGACCAAAGAGAAUCUUCAAAAAAUGAGGACCAACAUGGAAGAUGAAAAAAUGGAUCUCGACAGAAAAAGACAAGAGUUGUUGAGCGAGAUCGAAACUCGAAAAUUUACCGAAACAAAAAAUGUCGAAGAAAACGCUGAAGAGACAGAAAAAUUCAAUAAAAACAUGGAGGAGGAACGUGUCCGUCAGAUGAAAGCAGAAACUGAAUGCGAACGAAUCAGAGAACUUUUAAAGCAAAUAACCAAAGUAUUAGAAAAAUUGUUCGACAAAUUGCAAAAUACAACGGAUUCUAAUACCAUCGUUAAAGAAAAUUUAACCAUACCUUCUGACUCAACGAAGCUAUUAUCGUUGUUGAAUGAAAUUGCUCAAAAACUUACCGAUGCUUUUGACAAACAGGACGUGUACUUCGAAAUAUUUGACAAUGUAUUAACGGAAAAGCUUGAAACAAUGUCUAUCACAACUUCGUUAGAAGGCAAAGCUGUACGCGUUGAAAAUGUUCCACUCUUUUCGAAAUUUCCAACAUGGACAUCUUCAGCGAUACCACUUUCGGAAGACGAAGAAGAAGUGCCAACGAGAAAUACUUUGAAAAGACAAGCACAAUUAUUAGUCGAUACAAAAAGUCGAAGAAAAGGACUGGGUUUCAAAAGAUAA